GGAAAGAAAACAGCAAUCAGCCUGAUUCAUAUAUUAAUAAUCAUACAGAAGAUAAUUUAAAAUCAUUAGAGCUUAUAGGAAAGUGGCUACUUAGUAUAGCAAAUACUGAUAACAAUAUAAAAGCCAAGUUAUUAAAUGAAAUAACAAAA